AUGCUGCCGUACCUGGAGAACGAGUAUGCCAGCAUGGACCCCGACCUUCUCGAUCGCGAGAUCGACAACCUUCUCGCCGGCACCGACGGAAUGGAGCCUGACUUUGCGAAUGACGACGAUUUCGAGGCGUACGAGUCAUUCCUCAGCUCCGUUCCCGACGACGCCGUUGUUUCGUUCCCUGGCGCCGACGCCUACGACGAUGACGAAGUGAUGGAGGACGUGGCUUUUGCCCGACCUACUCCUUUCGACUCGUUCGACGACGACGACUCAGUCACCAUCCAGGAGUCGCCAAUCUCGGAUUUCUUUGGUAUGGGCAUCCUUCGGGAUUCUUUCCUGGACGAAGAAAUGGCCUCCUUGGACCUGAGUGGCGCCACGGCCGACCCCGAGGUAGAGUUCCUGACCGCAGCUUUGGCUCGGUUGACUCUUACUUCGCAUGUCGGCAACGAUAUCACCAUGGAGCAGCAGCCUCCCAAGGAAGAUGUCGCAAUGGUGGUGCUCCAAGGGCCAAUUCCCCCUGCCACUGUCGUCGUAGACAUGGCAGAGCCCGAGGAGCCGGCCCCCCUAUCCACUGUCGUGGAGAUGGCCGAGCCGGAGGAGGCGAUCCCGCCUGUCACUGUCGUGGACAUGACAGAGCCGGAGGAGCCAGUUCCUCCCACCAGCAACCCGACGGAACUCAACGGGUCAAUUUCCCCCGCGUUUGAGGUGAUCCCCGUCACCGAGAGCGCGCAACCCGAAGAGCCAACCCCCGACGUCGGCGACAUCGUUCCGGAUGCUGUUCCGGACUCGCCCCAGAGCGCCUCGCCCCCGCGAUGGCCCUCUGCGGGAGAAGGUGAAGAAGAUUGGAGAGGGCAGAGCGCCUGGUCCGACGACGACUUGUUUUCGCAGCCGCCGUCGAGGCCUUUCACGCCUCCUCGCCGAGAGGCGGAGAUUCGGCCGGGUAUUUCCCCCGGAUCUUCCCUCGAGGAGGAGAUGAUUUGCGCUCUGCUCGGAAUAGCACCCGGCAACCUAUCGCGGUCCCCAUCGCGGUCGCCAUCGCCUGCCUCUGACAACGAGGACGCUCCUCUGUGGGCGUUCCCGCCAGGCAUGGCCGACAUCCCCGGUGGUGCUACUUCCACCAAUCUAUCGUUGAACGAUCUCUUCGAUCUCCGCCAGCAGAUCGAACCCACUCCCCUGUGGGCAUUCCCGCCAGAGAUGGCAGAAGCUGGCGCCACCAACCGGUCGCUCAACGACCUUUUCCGGACGAGCGAGGGCAAUCCUACCACCGAAGGCGCCGCUGACGAACCUUCAACGGAGGAGCAAGCCCCAGCCGACCCUGUUGUGCCCGGACCGGAGCCAGUCGCAGAGGCGCAAGAGCCAACUCCAGAGGACCAGCCCCAGGUGGGCAGUUCUGAGUCCCCCGACGACGACAAGGCCACCCUGGCCCCUGGAGAGGAGGUUGCUGAAGAGCAGCCACCCGCGACCGAGACUCCGGCCCCGGCCAACAUUCCGGAGAUUGUUGUGACCCCGGAGCCAAAACGAAUGGUUCAGGUUGAUGUCGCGCCUAUCAAGAUAGGGGGGCUUUUCUUCCCCGGUGGGAACACCAUCCUGCCCGCGACUCCCGCCCCCAUGACCCCGUUGCCGCAGCCAGUCAAGACGCCCGACCCAGAGUCUGUGAGGAAGCAGAAGGAAGAACUCCUGGCGAGGGACCUGCGCAACGUCAUGAGGAGGCGACAACAACCUGCUUCCAUUUUCCACGCGAGGCGCCCGGAGAAGUCUUCGGCUCUGAUUCGCUCGCCAGAGGCCGCGGAGAGAGAUGCUCAGCUUCGAUCUCCGCAGUCCCUCCGGUCCCCCGCGGGUACCGGAGAGGAUGCCGAUGGCGGAGCGGAUGCCGCUGACGAGGCACCGGCCACCGUGAUGAUCGCAUCGCCUGCCGUUAUGAAGGCGAUCCGCGAUAGUGAGGCUCGGCGGGGAGUCCAGCGUUUGGGCAACGCGGACGAGCGAUGA